CCCUUCUCUCUCCUCAUCCCUUCAUCUUUCUCUCUCUAAAAAUACUAUCUCUCAUUUUUUUUUUCUCAGUCUAAUUUUGUUGUUUGAAAAAAAUGGCUGAGUCUACAGAAGCAAUUAAACGUUCAAGAGAAGAAGAAUAUCAAGAAACUGAAAAUCAAGAAAAUAACGAUAAUACAAAGCGCCCCAAGUCAUCAUAUAAUGAUAUCCUAUCCAUUCUUGAGGAAGAAGAAUACGGGUUUGAGUCCGACCCGGUUUCAGGAUCUGACAUUUUCAGCACUCUUCAACAAGAGCUCAUGCCAAAUGAUGGGUUCGGGUCAGACCCGGUAGAUGAGUCCGACCCGGCUACAACCGGGUCGGGUAAAGAAUAUGAGGAAGAUGAUAGAAGUAGUGUUAUUAGACACCUUCUAGAAGCUUCUGAUGAUGAGCUAGGUAUACCAAGUGGUGAUGGAUUAAUCAACGGUUCAGAUUUAACGGUUGUUGAAGGAAAUGAAAAUGAAAAUGAAACCAACGGUGGAGAUUUUCCGUUUGCUAUAUCUGAUGGUUUAUGGGAGUUUGAAGAUGAAGCUGCUAAUUAUUAUUCUUUGUUACAAUCUGAACUUUUCAUGUAGGUUUUUUUAAAGGGUUAUUUAGGUACUCUAGUUUUACCCCACUUAUCAUUUGUAUAUUUCCAAAAGUACCUCUUCGGAUAUUAUUAGUAUCAGAAAGUAGAAGGUGAAAAAAAAAACCGAUUCGUUUAUAUGGAAGGUCUUUAUCCAUUUAUGCAGCUGA